ACGCAAUCCACGGUCCCACCAAAACCGAUGCACCGCACCGGCCACCGUCACGGUCCAGCCGUCCACACCGCACCGGCACCCCGCCGCGCUGCACCCUGCACCCACGUCUGGCCUCAUCCUCAGCCGCCCGCAGCGCCCCGGACUUCUCGUCCCUAUCCUGAAUCCUCUCUCGCUCUCGCCCGCCGCUCUUCGUGAUGUGCGCGGCAUGCACGACAGCGACGUGGUCCGUGCGGGCGUCCAUCCAGAGCAGAGCCCCGGGUCCGGGUGGAUUCUGUUCGCGUCAGGGUAACGGCGCGCGCCCGUCGCUUGCCUCUCCCCUUCUUUUCCCCCACGCCCCUUGCUGAAGCGAAGCGGCUGAACUGCCUCUUCUCUUGCCAAUCCAUUGCGCCAACAGUCUGCUCCAGAUUUCUCAAGGUUGAAAUUUGGUGCCCUGCCCCAGCCAUGAGUGGCAGGAGAUUGGACAUCAAUGCGACGAAAUGUGGGACACAUUCAGCGCCAAGUAAAUCGAUGUAUCUUCAUACCACUAACGCUCAAAAAGUUGUCCGCUGUGAUGUUAAUGUUAGGGCACCAAGAGACUAUGAUGUUGAUUCCUACUCUGUGAAGCAUCACUUCCCGUCUCCUAUCAUUUCUUGGGUAGAAGACUUUCCGAGCUUUGGUGAUGCUUCUUUUAGCCCUAAUCCUGAAUAUGUGGAUGAGCAAGCUGGACCGUCUUCAGCAUCCAGUCAUUUGCAUGACAUGCAAAUAUCUGUAAGAUUGACUGAUGAAUUCAUGGAACUUGCAAAGGAGAAUACAAGCAAUAAUCUAGAGACUUGUGGGAUUCUUGGUGCUUCAUUUCGGGAUGGAAAGUACUUUGUGACUAUGUUGAUUAUACCCAAACAAGAAGGAACUGAUCAUUCAUGUCAGGCUGUUAAUGAGGAGGAGAUACAUGCCGUAUUAUCAGAGCAAUCACUUUACCCUGCAGGGUGGAUACAUACUCACCCUUCACAAACAUGCUUCCUAUCAUCGAUUGAUUUGCACACUCAGUACUCUUACCAGGUUAUGUUACCAGAGGCUGUUGCAAUUGUGGUUGCUCCCACCGAUCCUACUAGGAGCUAUGGAAUAUUUAGGCUGACCGACCCAGGAGGAAUGGAUGUGCUUAGCAAGUGCGAUGAAAGUGGGUUCCACACUCACCGAGAGACAACCGAUGGCAAUCCAAUCUAUGAAACCUGCUCCAAAUUGCACUUCAAACCUAAUCUGCGGUUUGAGAUUGUCGACCUGCGUUCUGUUCCGUGAUCAAUGAAAUUAAAGCUACAGCAGCUUGUGCUUCUUUAUGCUCCCUCUUGGCAAAAGUAUGUAGUGUAUACCAAAAACCUUACAGGUGAUGCAUGUUAGGUGGAUUUUCAUCAGCCGAAUGGGUGGGUCAUGAAAGCAAGAUGGUCAUGUUACUGAUCUGUGAUAUAACCCAAGCUUUGGCAUCUCUGCUGCCUGCUGGUAUUCAUCGGAAAUAGGCGCAACCGAAAAACUAGCACUUGUCUUAGGAAUCUGGCUGUUCAGUUCAGCCUUUGUGCUGGUAUCUGUAUGUAUUAUAUAACUCUGAAAAAAAAAAGGGCACUGAUUGUCUUGUA